AUGACGGUGUCCUCGCGGGAACUCAAGGCCUUGCUCGGUGAACACCUUCGGGAGAUGAAGGAGGCUUGGGGGGAUAUUAAGGAUCGCGUGCACAAUGUCGAGACCCAGGUCAAGGGGCAGAAGAAAGAACUCAAGGCGAUCCACGUGAAGAAUAAGACGGUUGACCAGGCGAUCAUGGGGAUCCAGGCAAAGGGUGAUGCGACAGCUAGAAAGACCGAAGAGCUCGAGGGUGAGAUUGAACGGAUCAAGACACAAAUCGUGGGGCUGCAGACCGAGGGGCAGAACCAAGGCAAAGGGGAAAGUGAAGGCAAGGCUGACCCCUGGGCUGAGUAUCUACGCAAGGGCGAGCAGGGCCAGCCCAAGCCAGUACCUUCUCGAGUGGACAAGUUGACGACAUUGAGCGAGGAGGAUCAAAGGUCGCUGAUCGUGGGAGGAUGGUUGGCUGACACACGACGACUCACUAUUGAAAGUGAAGCACGUGACAUUCUCGAACAGCCCGCCUUUGCCCCCCUGGUGGAUACCACCAAGUUGACCAUUUUCGGACCGAGGCGUAGCUUUGGGAUCCUACGUUUCAAUUGUAGGGACAACGAGACGGCUCAGGAGGUAAAGAAGCGCAUGUGGGAAGUCGUCAACAAGAUUCGGGAGAUGAAGAUCUCGCUACCUAGCACCGUGGGGGAGCAGAGUGAAGGUAAGCGGGUGUGGGCAUCCUUCUUGAAGACUCCAGAAGCCAGGAAGAGAUCGGCCAUGUGCUCGCUCACAAGGAGGGUUGUCAUGCAGCUUGCCAGGGAAUCUCGCACGGAGACGGGGGAGGCAAUCAACCCUAAUGCGCUUGAGGUCACCAACUAUGAUGUAGACUGGGCGACGGGUACGAUCUGGCAUGGGGACCUUAAGGUUGCGAGCGCCACCCAUCGGAAGAACCACUCCAGGAGCGACGAUUAUGUGCAGGUGAACCAAGGAUGGGUCGACAUUCGUGCAGUCACCGCGAUCACUGGGGCGGCAUGGAAGGAGGCAGCAGUCGCUAGCUGGAAUUUGGGUGGACAGGAUGUGGAGAAACUGGCCACAUCGGCGUGCAAGGUUGACAUCUUCCUAACACAGGAGGUUGCCAGAGGAGAACCCGGAUGGAGAGAAGUCGAAACCGACACUCAUAUUUGGGUUCUUCAUCAAGCUCGUGAUCAAUGGAGAACAGUGGGAGUGGGAAUUGCCAUCGAAAUCUUCGACUCGGUAGUGGCAAAGAAGCAAACGGAUCGGGGGAUCUUUGUGCUUGUCAAGCUUAAAGGCAGAGGCAAAGUUGUGCUUGGGACCAUCCAUUGCCAUACGGGUGCCACCAACAGGGUCUAUCAACAAAGUGCCGACGAUUUCCUUGGACAGUGUGCUGGAACUUGGAGGAAGUACCCCUGCAUACUUGGAGCUGACCUGAACGAGGCGGUCAAAUGGGAUGCGGGUGAACAAAGGGGUGAAAUCCUGGCUGGGUCAGCAAACCUCAAUUACUUUGUCAGCAAGGCAGUGGCAGAUGGGCUCCGUCCCAUUGCUCCCCUUGUCAGUCAUAGGGAUGUACCCACACAUUAUCCGCGUGACCCACGUAGGCAGGGAAGGCACAUCGAUGUCAUAUGGGGGAGACUCGCCUCUACAGGACCAGUACAUGUGGAUGCUGAAGCCCGUCAUCGGAUUGGGACUGACCAUGCCUUGCUCACAACACAGUUCUUUCUUCAACAACGACCAGCCAAAUGGGUGUGUGACUCCCGGCCUCGCUUUGUUACGGGCCCCCUACCUGCUGAGCCACUCCUCGAUGCGGAUGACGUGGCAGCACUCGCGGCUAAAUAUACCCGUCCGCGUAAUGGGGUCAGUUACAAGGACACACCCGAGGUCAAACAGUGCAUCGCUGCAGCCCGGAGAAGUGGACGACCUGAGGACUGGAAGAGAGUACAUAAAGUGCGCAAGCAGGCCAAAAGACAGUGGGAGCAGGACAGACUAGCCAGGAUCCUCCAGGGUGAUUGGUCAGCCUACCGGUGCAGAAAGAUGCAGACCUCCAGAAAAAGGGGAUGGUGGGCCAAGAUGGUUGAGUUGCAGGGGGAAGAGGAGAUUACCGAGAAAGCCAAACUUCACCUUGCUUCAAAGCUCUGCGGCCCGGAUCCACAAGCAUGGGAUGAUGAACUUGAGCGUGUCUUGGAGGACAUUGUUAUCUCUGAGCCGUGGACGCCCUUUGUCAUUGAGGAUCUACAUGCGGAGCUGGGAAGGAUGAAACUUCGGGCGGCAGUCGGACCUGACCUCAUAGGGGUUGAUUUGCUUCGACACCUUGCUGCCCAUGACACUCUGGGACAUGAUCUCUUGGACAUUAUAAACCAUGUUGUGGAACAUGGGGCCGUUCCGACCGCCUGGGACAAAUCACUACUGGCGCUCCUAGCCAAAGUGGACGUCCCUUCUGGGCCCGCAGACUUGCGGCCCAUCGCCAUGUCUUCAGCCCUCCAAAAACUGGUUAGCAAGAUGGUUAUGGCAAGGACCUUCCCACAUAUUAGGCAAGCUUCGGACAUUUCUUGCUGCGGCAAGAAUCGACAGGCGGCUGACCUUGUGGGGAGUUUGUCUCGGAUAAGAGAUGUGGCCAAGGAGUGGCGAAUGCCCUUGCUCGUAGCAAAACUUGACAUCAGGGGCGCCUUCGACGCUCUUAGCAGGAGAAAGUUGGCUGAUUUCCUGUGUCUCAGGCUGGCAGGAUGUGGGGUGAGCCGGGAAACCAAAUACCUGGUACGGCAGCUUAAGUCGAACUACCUUGUGGGGAAAGUGCCGGGUGGAGGAGAGGUCACCACACACUGCAGCACUGGUAUCAAACAGGGCGCACCUGAGUCAGCGGAACUCUUUGGGCUCAUACUUGAAUCGGCACUCUCUGAAUUGCUGUCUGGCAAGAAGUGGGGUGACCUUGGCCACUCUGUACCUGACCUUCCCAUGGACCUGCUCAUGUACCAGGAUGACAUCUUCCUCUGGGAUAAAACGGCGGAGACAUUACAGACUCGGCUCAGACUUGUCAAUGCUAGGCUGUCAGACUUGGGACUGCAACUCGCCACAAGCAAGACUUGUGUUGUCAGCACACCCGAGUACCGCGGUUCACGCACGAUCAAAGUCAGCGGGGAGACAAUUCCAAUUCAAUCGGCAUCCACGCCACUCAAAGUACUGGGUCUGAACUUCCUCUUCGAUGGGGACCAAGGACGUCAGGCCAAGGAACUUAUUGCAAGGGUGCGUGCCGCGUUUGGAGCACAUCGUGAACUCCUUCGAGGACGCUCCUCUUGGGAGAACAAGGUGUUCGCAGUGCGAACCUUGCUCGAGAGCACUUUCACCUGGGUUGCAGGUGCGGUGUACUGGCAUCAUGAUGACCUGGGGGCGAUGAACACGCUACAAAUUCACAUUCUUCGUGAUGCCUUCCGGCUCAACCGGAAAACGGGGAAACUCUGGCAUGAAUGGAAUCAACGUACGAUGAGAUUCGUCCGCGCCUGGCUGCACCAGACAGGCCUUGACAGGUGGAGUACCCGAACUCGAAAACUCCAGCAUGGCCUUGCUGGGCACUGGGCCAGACAGGUUGAAGAUGAUGGCCGUGGGAUUGAACCAACACCAGGGGUGACUGCACGCUUUCUCAUCUGGCGGAACCUCGAAUGGUGGCGACGAUAG